CUUGCAUUGAACAGGCAUCAGUUUGACUCGAAUCCUUCGCUUCUCUCCUUUUAUCAUAAUCAUCUUUCACCUUCUUUCUUUGCUUUUUCUUUUUUGCUUUUCUUUUUCAUCAUUAUUUCAAUUGAUUUUCCCUCUUAUUCUAAGUCAAGUUUUUUCUAUAAAACUGUUUCUGCUUUGAGUUAUCAAAAUUGUGGGCGUUGGGGGACUUGGGGUUCUUCUUGGAUGAACAUAGAUGGCGGUGAAAUUGAUGACGGGAUAUGACGGUGGUAAUAGUUUUGCUGGGAAAAUGGAGGAAACUGCUUUGAUAGAAGCUGCAACUGCUGGGAUUCAAGGAGUUGAAGAUUUGAUAAGAUUGAUGUCUAAAAGUCAUCAGGUUUACAAUCAAGAUGCUUCUUUUAAUACUUCUUCCCCGUCAGGUUCAGAGCCAGCUUUAGAAAUCCAAGCUGUUACAGAUAAGACUGUUAAUUCCUUCAAGAAGGUUAUUUCUUUGCUGGAUCGACCCAGAACUGGCCAUGCUCGAUUUAGACAUGCCCCUCCCAUUCCUCUCCAACAAGAAGAGAAACGACAGCAACUAGAUUCACAGCAAUCUCGGCAGAAGAUUCAAGAGUCAGGGAAUUGUUCCGUUCAAGUAACCAAAGAUCAGGUGUCUGCUUUUAAGCCUUUUUGUCCUAACCCAGGUCAUAGGUUGCCUCCUUUGCCUCAUAAUCACCACCAGAGUAAAAUCAGUCCUCUUUUGGUGGCAAAGGCUGGUCUUAUGGAGAGAAAUGAAGCUCCUAGUACUAUCAACUUCUCAUCUUCGCCUCCUUUGUCAGCUGGGAAUUCUUUUAUGACUUCAUUGACAGGGGAUACCGAUAGCAUGCAGCCAUCUUUCACUUCUGGCUUACAAUUUACUAGUCCUUCCCACGUCCCUUCCUCUGGUAAACCUCCUUUAUAUUCCUCUUUGAAAAGGAAGUGCAAUUCCAUGGAUGAUGCUGCUCUCAAGUGUGGAUCAUCCUCUGGCCGUUGCCACUGCUCCAAGAAAAGGAAAUCAAGAGUGAAGACAAUCAUUAGGGUUCCAGCUAUUAGCAACAAGAUGGCUGAUAUUCCUCCUGAUGAUUAUUCCUGGAGAAAAUAUGGCCAGAAACCAAUCAAGGGUUCUCCUCAUCCAAGGGGCUAUUACAAGUGUAGCAGCGUCAGAGGCUGCCCUGCAAGGAAACAUGUAGAGCGAGCUCUAGACGAUCCUAGGAUGCUGAUUGUAACGUAUGAAGGAGAACACAAUCAUAGCCACAACAUCACGGAUGCGCCAGCAGCUUUGGUCCUGGAGUCAUCUUAGUCCCACCACCUCAUUCAAUGGCCCAGAAAUGGUCAUCAAAAUUGAAUCAGACCCGUCAGGGCAAAUCUUCAAAGAUCAUGCUAUAUGUAGGGUUGAUCAGACUUUGGAUAGUCAACUUAGAGCCAGGGCUAUGACUCCAACAAAACAAGAAGAUUGAUUAGUGGGUACGCUAGCUGUUUAAAAUGACAAUAUAGGAUUCCUUGUUUUCGGUUUUGGCGCAAGAGUUUGUUCGGACAAAAAAAAAGAAAAAAAAAAGGCAUAGGGUAGGAGAUUGUGGAUUUGGUGGGAGUUGAAUGAUUCGAGUAGUGGGGGUUUUUCUUUUCAUCUUUCUAUUUGUUAAUGUUCUUAUACUCAAUUACCAGAAUUUUUUUCCCUUUCAUAUAUAUACAAUAUGGUGGUGGAUCUUGCUGAAGAUGCUCUCACUUUAAUUUGUUCCAGUGUCCACUAAAUCUCUGAAUUCUGAUCCAUCGUCCAUUAUUUUAUAUUUGAAGGCAAAUGGGUGUUGCAGUCAAUGAAAAGAUAAGAAAUUUUUUUCAUUUCUUUUUAACAAAGGAUGGUGUCUUGUUUAUGAAGGUUGACUCUGGCAGUGUGAUAAAGAAAGAAAAGAAAAAAAAAGAAAACUGUGCGGUGGUUCUUUUGCCAGCUUGUGAUUGUUUCCAACUCCAAUUCUGUGACUUUGUGGACAGAGGAUGCAAUCAUGGAUUUUGGUCGGAUUCUUGGAAUAGUGGUAGGGAAUGUAGAUUGUUUUAAGGGGAGGUGGGUGGUAAUGGUAUACUGCUAAUGGUUCUUGUGACAGCCCCAUUUCAAAUUGGACAAUAAUAGUAAGCCAAACUGGCCGGUCUGGUGUGUUGAUA